AUGCCGGCUCACAUCUCAGUGUGUGAGUUCCUGUCGGAGACGACCGAGGACUACAAUUCCCCCACCACGUCCAGCUUCACCACCCGGCUGCAGAGCUGCAGGAACACCGUCAGCAUCCUGGAGGAGGGCGGCUCUCAGCCCUGUGUACCUGAUCUGCCAUCCCUGUCUCUCCCCGAGCAUGCUGGGAACCAGGAGAGCUUCAGUCAGGCUCUGGACAGACUGGGAGGAAACCAGUCUGAACUGGGAUCAGCCUUCGUUAAGUUCUCCUGCCUCGUUAAAGAACUCGCUGCUCUGCUCAAGAACCUGCUGCAGAGUUUGAGUCAUAACGUCAUCUUCACUCUGGACUCGCUGUUAAAAGGCGACCUGAGAGGAGUCAGAGGGGAUCUGAAGAAACCGUUUGAUAAAGCCUGGAGGGACUACGAGACGAAGUUCACGAAGAUCGAGAAGGAGAAGAGAGAGCACGCCAAACAACACGGGAUGAUCCGGACAGAAAUCACCGGAGCUGAGAUUGCCGAGGAGAUGGAGAAAGAGAGGAGACUGUUCCAGCUGCAGAUGUGUGAGUAUCUGAUCAAAGUCAACGAGAUUAAAACCAAGAAGGGGGUGGACCUGCUGCAGAACCUCAUCAAGUAUUACCACGCUCAGUGCAAUUUUUUUCAGGAUGGUUUGAAAACAGUUGAUAAACUGAAGCAGUACAUCGAGAAACUGGCAGCCGACCUGUUCAAUAUCAAACAGAGUCAGGAUGAGGAGAAGAAGCAGCUGACGGCUCUCAGAGAUCUCAUCAAGAGCUCCUUACAGCUGGACCAGAGGGAGGACUCUCAGAGUAAACAGAGUGGGUACAGUAUGCACCAGCUGCAGGGAAACAAGGAGUUUGGCAGUGAGAAGAGAGGAUACCUGCUGAAGAAGAGUGACGGGCUGAGGAAGGUCUGGCAGAGGAGGAAAUGUUCAGUGAAGAGCGGCUUCCUCACCAUUGCUCAUGCUACAUGUGUCGGCUACGAAGGUCAAAAGGUUUUCUCUGAAGAAGGCCUCGCUUUUCUUCGGCUCAUCAAGCUGGCCAGCCCCGCCCAGUUGAACAUGAGUGUUUCCCCUGUGUGUGUGGCUGAGACCGGAGACAACUUCCCCGGAGGCAUGAAGUGUGUGACCACUGGCUGGGGCCUGACCCGCCACAACGGUGAGAGCAUCAGCCGGCCAAUCACGUCACGGUUCACACUUCAGGUUUAA